AUAUCGCAGGCUGUUUGGGGCAAGCAAACCCACUAAACCUACUAAGGCUUUUCCUUCUUCUUCCCUAGUUUGCAAUUGUUUUUCCUCUCAAUUUUUUCUCUUUCAGCCAUGACUAGAAAGAAGGUCAGCCUGACCUACAUCACUAAUGACUCAGCUAGAAAAGCCACAUUCAAGAAAAGGAAGAAGGGUUUGAUGAAGAAGGCGAAUGAACUUAGCACCCUUUGUGAUAUUCAAGCAUGUGUUAUUAUUUAUAGCCAGUAUGAAUCUCACCCUGAAGUUUGGCCAUCCCCUUUGGGAGUGCAACGCAUUGUCUCACAAUUCAGGAGCCUGCCAGAGAUGGACCAGAGCAAAAAGAUGGUCAACCAGGAGACCUUUCUGAGGCAGAGGAUUGUGAAGGCCAACGAGCAGCUGAAGAAGCUGAGGAAGGAGAAUCGGGAGAAGGAGAUGUCGAGGGUCAUGUUUCAGAGCCUGACCGGUAAGCCUCUGCAGGGACUGACCAUGAUUGAUCUGAACGACCUUGGGUGGCUCAUUGACCAGAACUUGAAGGAGCUGGUUGACAAGAUCAAGACCCGGAAGGAGGAGCUGGCUCAGAGAAAUCCAGUCCGAGUCCCACCAACUCCAGCAGCUGUGCCUGCAGCUGGAGACCAUGCCCUGAACCUGAACAUGCAUGCAACAAUGGAGAGACAAGCUUUCGGGCUUAGCAACAUGGGCAACACCAUGCAGAGGCCUUCAUGGUUCACAGACAUGAUGAACCCUAAUGAGCAAAUGGGGUUUGGUGCUGUGGCUGAGGUUCUGCCCUUUGGGGAUCAAUACCAUCAUGGUCUUUGGCCUAACAAUCCUUUUUUUCCUUGAGAUAUCUAGAGUUUGUUUCUUUGGUGUUUUUUAAGUGAUUUGUUGCAUGUGUUGAUGGUUUUAGUCUUAAACCACAGGAGGUUGUGUAUCUUUCUUUAAUCUUAUGUAAUAAAAAGUUUAAUGACCAGUAGUUGUUGGGUUUGUUCGUAUUCUUCGAGGGCUAAUCUGAUGUAUUUGAGUAUUAUUAGUCUUUUUAAUAUCCAUGGAAAUAUGAUCUAUAUAAUAUAUAUAAAC